GGCAGUGAUGCAACCUCGAACGGUGUUCCGCAACUUUUUCAGAAACUGUACAGGUUGGGCGGCCGAGCGCCGAGAGUAGCGCCGCUGAUCGCAGAGUGAAGCACUGUCUGCCCGCGUACGGAGCCAACUAGCACCAGAGACAAAACCAACAUGCUCCAACACGUUGGACAAGGAUCUGCAUCAGAUGUCAGUACAGCAGCAGUUGUUCCAUGUACCUCACCCUCGAUGUCUUUGGUAUUUGAUGAGUUUACGAACAUUACACCUUUGGUCAAGGAGGAGCUGCGAUUUGCCAUUCAAAGCAAACGGAUAUCAAAUGGAGCACCAACCAUGGAAUUUGUGAUGGGAAGCGAGAGCUCAAAUGACGCAGUGGAAAGGCGGUUGACGCCACAAGAAGAUGAGAGGAGAAGAAGGAGAAGGGAAAGAAAUAAAAUAGCAGCAGCUAAGUGUCGAAAUAAAAAGAAGGAAAGGACAGACACACUGCAAAAAGAGUCUGAAAAACUGGAAUCUUUGAACGCAGAACUGAAAGCACAAAUAGAGGAACUCAAAACUGAGAAGCAGCAACUGAUUUACAUGCUGAACCUGCACAGGCCUACGUGUAUAGUCAGAGCUCAGAAUGGGAGAACUCCAGAGGAUGAGAAAAACCUUUUCAUUCAACAGAUCAAAGAAGGAACACUACAGAAUUAAACUCUAAAGGAAAUGAAUCCUAGAUCCAGAGGCUGUCUCCCUGCCAGAACCAAGAACAGGAACAACUUAAUGUUAUUACAUUACUGACUUUUCAUUAGCCAGAAGAGCUUUGCACUUUCAUCGUAAUGGAUGUCAUCUGUUUCAAUAACUGUUGAACUUGGAAAAGCCCUGCAUAUAAACUGCACGCAACUGGGAGGAUUAAAAAACACUUACUCUCUUGCCUUGAUAUUAGGCUGCACAAUUAUUUUUUAUUAGUGACGCAGGCGUCAUGCCUUCUAUUGUCUUUUGUUGCUGUUGGUGCCCAAUUCAUGUACGAGCAUGCCAGCCGUGUUUGUGGUAUUGUUACUUUUGAGACUGUGUGACUCUAUACUUUGUAGCUUUUUACUCUGGUCUGAAGCACUUACACUCGUUCAGAAUGUUAUUAUAUGAGCGUAUUACAUAAAUUUCAGAAGAAAAAGCAAUGUUACGAAAGGAUCUAAGCGUAUAUGUACAGUACAAGUACUAAAGAAUUUUAAAUGGAGUGCUCUAAUAUUUUUUCUACACUGUGAUAGUUGAGGUUUG